AUGGAUUUCGCGGAGAAGUCGCUAGAUGAAAUCAUCGCGUCGAAGCGCAAGCAGGCGGGCGGUCCCCGGAAGGGCGGGGCCGGCAAGCCGAAGGGCCCGAAGCCGGGCAACGCGGGCGGGAAGGGCGGUACGGCUGCCAAGGUCGUUGUGGUGAAGCCCGGUCUCGGCGCCAAGGGGGCGGGUGUGGCCAAGGGACGGCGAGGGGGCCGCAGGGGCGAGGGGGCCAUGGUGAAGACGGUCGUGAGGGAAAACCGCGAGGAGAAGCUCGCCGCCAUGGACGGCGUGUGGUCCCACGACCGCUUCGACGGCAGGGGCCGCGGCGGGUACACCGGCGCUCUCAGCUCGCGGCUGCAAGGCGGGCCUGCAGGCGGCAGGUCCACGAAGCUCAUCGUCUCGAACCUCCCCGACGACAUCAGCGAGGACGAGCUGCUCGAGCUCUUCCAGGAGUUCCGGCCACAGUCGGCGCGCAUCCGCUGGGACCGCACGGGGCGCAGCACUGGCAUCGGCACGGUGGUCUUCGGGACCGCGAGCGACGCGGCGGCCGCGAAGGACGCGAUGAACAUGCGCAGCAUCACAAACCUCGACGGGACGGCGCCCAAGCCGAUCAUCGUCCAGUUCGACGACGCCCUGUCCGAGGCCGCCGCGCCCGGCGUGGUGUCCGUCUCCGCGCCGCGCGGCGGGGGCGGGGGCGGGCGGCGCGGCCGCGGGUCGCGCCGCGGGAGGGCCGGCAAGGGCGCGCACAUGGACAUGGACUGA